AUUGGCGCCAGUGUGUUGUAUAUUUUUAGAUUUUGAAGAAAAAUUAUCAGACGACUUUAAAUUUGUUGUGAGUGUUGAUUCAGUGAUUCGAAGUGACAAGACAUAUGAAACAAUGGCAAAUGAGAAUCGUAAGUUAUCUCGAUACCUCAAGAGGAAAUUGAAUUUGAAGGAGGCUCAGGAAGAAAUUGAACAAAUGGUUAAAAAAAAAGCUCCAUGCCACCAAAAAGUUAAUAACCAUUUUUCUGACAAUGAAAUCAGCAGCAAUCCCCAGCAGUCUGAACAACCUAGCUCAGAACCCGUAACAUGUGUAUUGACAAGUCAAUUCCACGAAGAUGAGGAUCCCAAAAAUAUUGCUGAGCUGAAAUCAAAAACAUCGAGCCAAAACUCUGUUGCAGAAGGCUGUGAAUCCUACGAUAGUGAUGAAGAAUACAACUUGAAUGAAAAGAAUUCAAAUACUUUUGAGGAUAAAGACUGUGAAUCAUCAGCAUACCUUAGUAUGCUAUGUCUAGCCUACAAACUUAAAUACCAUCUAUCUAAUGAAGCAUUCAAAGACCAUUUGAAAAUAAUUCAAAUCGCCACGGAAUCAACCGCAGCAGAAAUUGAAAGUGCCGCCAAGUGUGUCGAAAAAUAUGACCAUUUAUUAAUGGACGUCAAAAAAAUUUUGUGUGCGCGAACAAGAAUUGUGAUGCCAUUCUUGAAAUUGGGAAAGAUGGUCUUCCUAAACAAAAACAGAGAUGCCGGCAUCCAUUUGACAAGUCAAGAUCGUGCUACGUUCUUGUUCUCCCAAUAG